GCCUGUAAUCGGCCCAACGAAAAAUCGUAUGUAUCAGUAGGUUUUCGAAGGGCUUUUUGUCUCCCCGGAGUGGCGGUACCGCAGCAGCUCACAAUGCAUCGGUUGUUAGCGAAGCUCGGCCGCCCUCUUCUCUCAUCUUCUCUCCAUUGCCUUCCUCCCUCCUCUCCGAACCACCUCCCCGUUCACUUUUUAUCCUCAAUCAGAUCUAUGAACUCUUCCCUUACCCCGCACGUCCCGAUCUGCCCUGCAAGGCUCCUAACCCAUUCUUCCCCAUUCAUCCCGGUGUUCCAGUUCCGACACUUCGCGACCAAGAAGGUGAAGAGGUCUAGGGCACCGGACACGCCUGUGAUAUCGAAAGUUAAGAAAUACAAGUUGAAAGCUUACUCGUCAUUCAAGUACAGGUUCAGGACGAUGAAUGAUGGCCUGAUCCGGCGGUGGCGGGCGGGGAAGAGGCAUAAUGCCCAUUUAAAG